AUGCUCUCUCCAUCCCUUCUCGCCCUCCUGGCCACCCUCCCCCGCAGCUACGCCUGGGGCAAUCUCGGCCACGAGACCAUCGCCUACAUCGCGCAGAGCUUCGUCGCUCCGUCGACGGCGUCCUACUGCCAGGGCAUCCUGGGCGAUACGUCCUCCUCGUAUCUGGCCAGCGUGGCCACCUGGGCGGAUUCGUACCGCUACACGUCCGCUGGCCGCUGGUCGGAACCGCUGCACUUUAUCGAUGCGCACGACGAUCCGCCAACGAGCUGUGGCGUCGAUUAUGCUAGGGACUGCGGUGAUAAGGGAUGCGUUGUUAGCGCGAUUAAUAAUUAUACGACGCAAUUACUGGACAAAUCGACGUCGAGUUCCGAAGCGUUGGACGCGCUGAAGUUCAUCGUCCACUUCGUCGGCGACAUCCACCAGCCGCUGCACGACGAGAACCUCGACGUGGGCGGGAACGACAUCGACGUGACGUUCAACGGCACGAGCACAAACCUGCACCACAUCUGGGACACGAACAUGCUAGAAGCCGACGCAGGGGGGUCGUCUCUGUCGACAGCCAAGAGCUUCGCGGCGACGCUGACCACGCGCCUGCAGAGCGGCGAGUACGCGUCGCAGAAGGCAUCGUGGCUCUCGGGGAUGAAUCUCAGCGAUCCGAUCGGCACGGCGAUGGGCUGGGCGAGCGAUGCGAAUGGCUACGUCUGCAGCACGGUGCUGAAGCCGGGGUUGACGUAUCUCAAGGAGAAUGACCUCUCGGGCGAGUACUAUGACGAUUGCAAGCCGGUGUUUGAGGAGUUGCUUGCCCGGGCAGGAUAUCGGUUGGCGGCGUGGUUGGACUUGAUUGCGAAGCAGUAG